CUGUACGUGGACGAGUGAGGGUGCAGUGUGUUGGUGGGGCGCUGCCGGUUUUGUGCUUAUAUUGCCUCUCCUUCGCGUUUAUUUAAGCUGAAAUUAAGUGAAAGUGUGUAUAGUGUUGCUAUCGUGCAGUGGUUAGAAGGAAAAGCCGGAAAUCAAGUGAGAAAGGUGUUAAAAGUGCGUGAAUUUGUGGUGUGUGAAGUGUGCCUGUGCUGUGAGCCAGACAAGAUGGCGGAGUGGAGGCGAACGCCGUGAGCAGAGGUCGCGGUGCCUCCACUCUAACUCUGGAUUACUCGCACGGAUUUACUCUCAAUCUCCUCCCUUCCUCCAGGAUUACUCGACUGUUAACCCUCAGAGACUACGAGCAGGAUGUGGAAGACUUCCAGCACUACGUCUUUAGUCCGGACGACUCCGUCAGCCUCUCCAUACGUUAUUACAACUUCAGGGAGGAUGAGGAAGAGGAGCCAGCGGGCAGCGUGGUGCGGUACUUCAGAUGUCCUGCUACUGUGCCUGUGGCUGUCUUGAAGACCCUCGUGAAGACCAAGUACCGCGUACCUGACUCUCUCAGGGUGGAGCUCCUGUACGGUGACGACCGCCUGCUGGACGGCUGGACGCUGAUGGAGGUGGCGUACAUCUACAUGUGGAAGAGGGAGUCGCCCAUGGAGCUGAGCUUCCAGGUGGUGGCCACCAGGAAGGUGAAGAAGCGGCGCCAGCAGCCAGCAUCCCUCACAGCAGAAGAAGACUCCCACGACGCCUCACAAGACACAGCGGAGACUAAGCUUCCUCGGGAAGAGUGUGUGGAGCCUCCAGACAAGGUGGCCAGGAUGGAGCCCACCUGCGAGGCCGCCACCACCCUCAUACUCCCAGAAGACCAGCCGCCCCUCGACACCCACCCGCCCACGCCCCCAGAGACACCUGAGGGCGGCCGAGGCAGGGACGCAGAACAGUUUUCUACUGAGGAUCACACUGUCACCCAGCUGGACACCCAACAGGACGCCGAGGCUGGUGGCAACCCAGAGGACACCCACCAAGUAGAGGAGAAUCUUGAAGAUGAGCAACAGCAGCAACAACGACAACAACAAGAGGAGGAGACGACCCAUGUUUUAGAGGAGGAAGAGACACAGGAGGAAGAGACGCAGGAGGAAUUGCAUGAGGAGACACAAGAGGAGGGUCACGAUGAAGAAAUUGCUGAAGUGCUUGAAGAGGAGGAACAGACUGACAAAGAAGCGGAAGAUGUGCGCGAGGAAGAUAACGAACACAUGGAAGCUGCUGAGGAUUUCGAUGCAUCAAAAGAAUCCAACGACCUCAUUGUCGACCAUGACUCGGAAACACCACUUGAAGUCGACACCAGCCACGAGACGGAACCAGAAGCGGACGGAGAAGCGGACGGAGAAGCGGACGGGGAAGCGGACGGGGAACAUGAAGUGGAUCCCGUUGAAACGGAGGGCGAGGACACGGGCAAUAUAGGCGUGGAAGAGGAGACAGACACGGGGAAGGAUUGUGGAGACGACGAGCAGGAAGAUAGUGCCAUUGACGUGACAGAGACGAGUGCCAGCGAGCCGAUGGACAGCGACGACAAGGACACUGACCUCAACGUCAGCACCGAGUCCGCAGAGAUGGAAGCCGAGGAGUCAAGGGAGCGGUCAUCCUCCAGCAAGCAAGUUCAAACGGACGAAGGUCCCAUUAAUCUCACCUACGGGUACAAAUGUGACAAGAAGAUGUUCCGCAAAGACUGUUAUGUCUUCACUGAUAAUGAGGAGGAUGAAGACGACAGCGCAGAACAGGAAGAAGAGAGAGAUGAGGUGGGUGCCCUCGACCUCUCUCGCCAUGCCCGCAGUGUCAGAGAGGCGAGAACACAACGGGAAAGCCUAGACUCUCCACCUAAUAGCGCGUCCUAUGGGGUAUCUACAGACAAAUCAGGAAACCGCACAGCGCGGGGACAAGGAACUCAAACUAUUCUUUCGAUCACUCAGAGCAAAAAGUCUAAAAAGCUCAAGCAACAGUCGUCCACAACAGCAGUAUCGCCAACAGCAACAGCUCAAACUACGCCCUCCGUCACACCCAUCAGCAGACCACCAAUUCCACUGGACUGGGCUCGAUCCUCUCUAGUUCCCGCACCUGUUAACCCACAAGCCGUAGCUUUUAGUGACCUCAUGACACUGUCCCAUGCAGCAGUACAGCUGCAGCUGGCCAUGGCGCAUGCUCAGGCACAAGCUCAGGCUCAGGCACAAGCUCAGGCUCAGGCACAAGCAGAGGCUCAAGCAAGAGCUCAGGCUCAGGUUCUCAAGAAUCUGAAAGUCAGUGAAUCUCUGAGUUUUGUGAAUGGUUCAGGAGAUACACUGACUAUAAGUCCAAUCACAACAGCGAUGGAGGGCAAGUCUAACAAGAAUACAACUUCCAAAACUGUCAGUAAGAGCCACCAUAGUUCGAAAGCAGUCAAUGGAAAUUCAUUCAGUAAAAACUUUAACACCAAGUCUCAUAAUAGUCACAAAUCGUCAGGUAGCAUCGUAAGCAGCAAGAGUAGUAGCAAUAGUCACGGCAGCAUUAGAACUACAAUUCCUAAGUCUGCCUUAACAACCUCCCUCAAAAUACCAACAGUGUCUGUCAGUUCCAAAACGAACGGCGCGACUUCUCCUUCAAACACAAAAUCCGACAAAGAUCACACUGAGAGAACUGGAGACCCAGUCUUCAAAAUAACGAACCAAAAGUUGGCAGAGUUCGUCAGACGGCAACAUCAACAACAAAAAUUAAAACAAAAUCAUUUUAAGUCCGGCACGAACACCGUCACCCCCACCUCUAACAGCAUCACAGUGUCUGGCAGCAACAACACCAAUUCAACAGUCACAAAAGCGUCGCACCUCAUCAACUCCAGCUACAAAGUAAGCGGAAGCUCGAACGUGUCGAGCCUCGGCAGCUCCGUGUCGUCUGUCAGAGGCUCCUCGAGUUCCAGUCAGAGCAUCAGAGCGACCAACACGAGCGUGCGUCAGAUCCCCAACCCUUCGCUGCUACGCCAACAGUCAGAGUCGAGGAUAACCAGUGGCCUAACAGGCCUUGGCCUCGGCUCCAGAAAACCCUCCGAGUCCAUUAGCAGAAUCGAGAGCCUGACCAGAUCGCUGCACGAGAAAGUUGCGGCCUCGUCGUUGGCAGCCACAAUCAACUCUGCCGCGAGAUAGAUGUACAGCCAGUGACGCUCUAUGGCAUACUUAGUUCUCAAACUACGCGGUCCCACAAACAUUGCGAGGACCUUGAAGAGUGUACCCCGUCACUGGCAUCAACUAGCAACUAUAUACAUAGCAACAGCUGCAACAAAUAUGCUGACUUGUUAAUUAUUUAAAAUCUAUAUGGAUAAGAGUAAGGCAUUUUAGUGUAGGCCUACACAUAAACUAUCAUCGAGGAACAUUCACAUGUACACGUAAGAGAAAUUGGUGCUAGAAAUGCGACCUCGUUAUGAGAAGUUAUUCUUCUGUACAAAUUGGUGGUAUUGUAUAUACGAAAGAAAUUGCCACUGUUCAAAAAGUAGUAUUAGCCGAGAUAAAGAAACAAUAACAUAUAUAAGAGGCUGUUAUACAACACAACCCCGGCCUCGUGUAGUGUGACCACGGCCAUAGUGUGACCACGGCCAUAGUGUGACCACGGCCAUAGUGUGACCACGGCCAUAGUGUGACCACGGCCAUAGUGUGACCACGGCCAUAGUGUGACCACGGCCAUAGUGUGACCAUGGCCGUAGUGUGACCACGGCCAUAGUGUGACCAUGGCCGUAGUGUGACCACGGCCAUAGUGUGACCAUGGCCGUAGUGUGACCACGGCCAUAGUGUGACCAUGGCCGUAGUGUGACCACGGCCAUAGUGUGACCAUGGCCGUAGUGUGACCACGGCCAUAGUGUGACCACGGCCAUAGUGUGACCACGGCCAUAGUGUGACCACGGCCAUAGUGUGACCACGGCCAUAGUGUGACCAUGGCCGUAGUGUGACCAUGGCCGUAGUGUGACCACGGCCAUAGUGUGACCAUGGCCGUAGUGUGACCACGGCCAUAGUGUGACCAUGGCCGUAGUGUGACCACGGCCAUAGUGUGACCACGGCCAUAGUGUGACCAUGGCCGUAGUGUGACCACGGCCAUAGUGUGACCAUGGCCGUAGUGUGACCACGGCCAUAGUGUGACCACGGCCAUAGUGUGACCAUGGCCGUAGUGUGACCACGGCCAUAGUGUGACCAUGGCCGUAGUGUGACCAUGGCCGUAGUGUGACCACGGCCAUAGUGUGACCACGGCCGUAGUGUGACCACGGCCAUAGUGUGACCAUGGCCGUAGUGUGACCACGGCCAUAGUGUGACCACGGCCAUAGUGUGACCAUGGCCGUAGUGUGACCACGGCCAUAGUGUGACCAUGGCCGUAGUGUGACCAUGGCCGUAGUGUGACCACGGCCAUAGUGUGACCAUGGCCGUAAUGUGACCAUGGCCGUAGUGUGACCACGGCCAUAGUGUGACCAUGGCCAUAGUGUGACCAUGGCCGUAGUGUGACAAUGGCCGUAGUGUGACCACGGCCGUAGUGUGACCAUGGCCGUAGUGUGACCACGGCCAUAGUGUGACCACGGCCAUAGUGUGACCAUGGCCGUAGUGUGACCACGGCCAUAGUGUGACCAUGGCCGUAGUGUGACCAUGGCCGUAGUGUGACCAUGGCCGUAGUGUGACCAUGGCCGUAGUGUGACCACGGCCAUAGUGUGACCACGGCCAUAGUGUGACCACGGCCGUAGUGUGACCAUGGCCGUAGUGUGACCACGGCCAUAGUGUGACCAUGGCCGUAAUGUGACCAUGGCCGUAGUGUGACCACGGCCAUAGUGUGACCAUGGCCGUAAUGUGACCAUGGCCGUAGUGUGACCACGGCCAUAGUGUGACCAUGGCCGUAAUGUGACCAUGGCCGUAGUGUGACCAUGGCCGCAGUGUGACCACGGCCAUAGUGUGACCAUGGCCGUAAUGUGACCAUGGCCGUAGUGUGACCAUGGCCGCAUACAAAGUGUGGUCUCAUGCCACAGUGGCAAGUGCUUCUCCACACUGCAGCUUCAGGGUUGACAACACCGCGUUGGUACUCUGGUGACAGUGUUCGACGCUGGUACUCUGGUGACAGUGUUCGACGCUGGUACUCUGGUGACAGUGUUCGACGCUGGUACUCUGGUGACAGUGUUCGACGCUGGUACUCUGGUGACAGUGUUCGACGCUGGUACUGUGGUGACAGUGUUCGACGCUGGUCUGAUCUUGUUAGAGUCGUCAGGAAUGACCUAAAGAGAUCGACAAAGCUUGUGUUCCACAAACAGAAAAACUCGUUUAUUCUUAAUAUAUUAGAUCUGAUAUCUGUGGGGUCUUAUCCACAUUACAAAAGGGUGAUAUAGUAUUUAGAUGUAGAGAUGUAAGGAUAAAUUUCAGCUUACAAUUUGGCUUUAAUUCAAGUUUUGGGUAAUAGCGUGCGAGUGUGCACCGCGAAGCCGCCUCUGUUUCCCUGUGUUUAUGUCAAGAACAUUUACUUAUGUUAUACGUUCCUUUUAUAUUCUGUUUAGUCACAAUAUGUUACAAUAUGUUAAAAAUCGGUGAUAUAUAUAUAUAUAUUUAGAUUCUUGCCACUGGAUUAUAUAUUAAGGAGGUAACAGGCAGUUUUUGGUCUUUGGCGACUGACUGGGUUUUAUAAAUCCAGAGUCAGUUAUAUAUUUAUGCCGACAUGUUGGGACGGCGCUACAACCCAGAUGACCAAAGAGCUUUGCCCGCGCCGCUUCUCCCUAUAUGUAUUUGUUUUACAAAAUGUGUGUGUAUAUAAUUAUGAUAUAUUGAGUAGUGUAGAAGUCUUUAUCCAACCUGUGUGUGUCUCAUGUAUCCACGGCCGUGUUUACAUUUUCUGUUCUCCGUACAUGUACUACAACACGUUGUUAUCUUGGCCAAGCUAUCCCACCCCCUUCCACCCUACAUGUUCAGUACAGUACAUGUGCGUGCCUCUUCCAGCCACCUCAGCCCCUGCUGUAAACACCUAGUUACUGUGGCGAGUGUAUCCCCAAACUUCCAGCGUUAUUUUAUAAUAUAUAUUAGUUCUACCAGGAGCUCGAGGUGGCGCUGCUUUUACUCGCUGAGUUUACUGAUAGCCAGAGAGAGGACCAGUGAUCUUAUUCCUAUAUCACACUGGCACUCACACUGAGACACACUUGCACUCACGGAUACACUCACACUAAGAGACACUUGCACUCACACUGAGACACACUUGCAGUCACGGAUACACUCACACUAAGAGACACUUGCACUCACAGAUACACUCACACUGAGACACACUUGCAGUCACGGAUACACUCACACUAAGAGACACUUGCCUCACGGAUACACUCACACUAAGAGACACUGACCGACACGCACUGGCAGUUAUGCCGACAGGCAGAACUCAGACCACGUGUACGGUGGUGCCACACGUGUACGGUGGUGCCACACGUGUACGGUGGUGCCGCACAUGUGUACGGUGGUGCCACACGUGUACGGUGGUGCCACACGUGUACGGUGGUGCCACACGUGUACGGUGGUGCCACACGUGUACGGUGGUGCCACACGUGUACGGUGGUGCCACACGUGUACGGUGGUGCCACACGUGUACGGUGGUGCCACACGUGUACGGUGGUGCCACACGUGUACAGUGGUGCCACACGUGUACCCAACAACAACAACAACAUUGUCCUCUCCUGGUCAUGUCCUAUUUCCUCUCUUUCCUCUCAUUUAGUUGUACAUUUUCUGGGUUAUAAUAUGUUCCUGAAAAAUUAUUUUGAUUUACAUUUGUGAAUUAUCAUCGCACAUUAUUGUUGUAUCCAAUAGGAUAAUUUUAUUAUUUAUAUAAAUCUUGUGUGCCAUGAAAUUAUUGUUUUGAGUAUGUCAGAAUGAGUGUAUUGAUGGUGUGGAGUGUUGGCCCCUUGUAUACAGAGUAUCAGAGGGCAUUACCUGUUUUAUUGUGCAUAGCUAUAUGUACACACACACACACACACACACACACACACACACACACACACACACACACACACACACACACACACACACACACACACACACUAUUCAACACUGGUGGGAC